CCCAGAGAGGACGCGCAAGCGCGCUGGGGGUAACCAGGAAGAGGCUGCAGCAGGCGGAAGAGACUCAGUCUGUCUGGCUGCAGACCCGGAUGGAAGGAGGCUUCAGUAGAAUGAGGGAUGAGAAGACCCGUUGUCUGGCCGGAGAUCUGCUGGAGGAGCAGAGAUGGGGCUGGUGAAAGCAGAGUGAGACCCCCAUACGCUCAGGCCUAAGGUUGGAGUGGCCAGCCGCUGCAUGUAAGCAUGCCGGAGAUGACUCAGAGUGGAAGUCCUGACAAGACCAAGCAUAGGAAGAAAAACCGAGAGAGUCACAAUGAGGUGGAGAGACAUAGAAAAAAGAAGAUAAAUUCUGGCAUAAAUCGGAUCGGUGACCUCAUCCCAUGCUCGCCAGCGCUAAAGCAGAGCAAAAAUAUGAUUCUGGACCAAGCCUUCAAGUACAUCACGGAACUCAAGCGACAGAACGACGAGCUGCUGCUGAAUGGUGGAGACCAGGAGCAAGCCUGUGAGAUUAAGAAGCUGAGAAGAGAGUUGUCCGAGAUCCAGAGGGAAAAUGGCCGUUACAUCGAGCUUCUGAAGAGCAACGGCAUCUGCCUUUACGACGAUCCAACGCUGCAUUGGAAAGGAAAUGCCAGGAGCACGAAGGCUUCGCUAAUAGUCCCCAAUGACCAGGUCCAGAAGCUUCCUCUCUGCCUUAACGGCAACCAGCUGAGCUCUGCUAACCAGGGUACCGCUGUGCACGGAAUCACGUUCAACGUGGGUCAUAACCUUCAGAAGCAAACGGCCAAUGUUGUGCCAGUUCAGAGGACUUGUAACCUGGUUACGCCGAUCACAAUUUCUGGUGUGAUUCCACUGGACAAAGCUUUGCAGCAAAACUCGGCGUCUGCAUCCACGUCAAGUCAGCACAUAGAACUGAGUCUUCCUGUGACCACAGUAGCCCCCACCAACCAACAGACCAUCCACUUACCACCUAGCUCUACGUCUCCUCUUUCUUCUCUGGCUGCCUCAGCUGGCCCACCCAACUCUCCUUCCAACCAUGUAACGCAAGAAAAUAAUGUGGAUUGUUCCGGUAGGAAACUCCUGGACGUUUUGACCAAAUCUGCUGCUUCCACCUGCAACAAUCUUCCAUUGCCUGUAACCCAGCCCAACGCACCAGCGAUAAAUCUGAACAGUCCUCCUAAUUUGGUUCAGGAGAAGAUGCCUGGAGCUGCUGGUUGUGUUGAAACGGUGAAAGAUGUAGUCAAGGGAGUUUUUCCUGGUGUUGACGUUGAUACAAGCCCAAGAGUUCCUGUCAAUUCUAGAGAAACCAGUUCCUCUGUAGCAGAUGAGGCGGGUUCUGCUGGGCCGCUGCCGUCUGCCCUUUCUCUGGAGACCAGGUGGUCCGUUCCUAGUAGGUUAAAUAAACUGAAAAGUGGCGUCAGCUUAACAGGAAUUCCAUCAGAUGAAAAUACUCAAACCACAUGGACGACUCUGCAACUGGCAGGGAACACUGUGCAGCCGUUAAGUCGGAUAUCAUCCACCAUUAUUCCUACACCAUCGACUGAGCAGCCGGCGGUCUCCAAAGAUAUCUUGAGUAACCGGCAGGUAACCGCUUGCGUUAACGUGACCAGCACGAUAACGCAAGUCAAUCCUGUGGAAAAGGUAAUUGUGAAAAUGUCUUCUUACCAGCCCGUUCCAGUCCAGUCACUCAUUACCCAGCCACAGCUGCAAAGCACAACCAGUAUUCUUCCGCUCAAUCCUCCUGUGCAAGUCAUUCAAGUGGGUCAGCCUUUCGGGGCUGCAAUAAAUUCAGCCCCAGCCAAUCAGAACAUUAUAUUCCUCCAACCUCCUGCACCUGCUCCCUGCCCUCCUGUUCCUAAACCAGCAAUGGGGCAGCAAAUUGUUUUCAUCCAAGCAGCAACUAACCAGAACCCUGUCCCUCUUGUGUCUGCUCAGCCUUCUCCGUCAGUGGUGAUGCCGAUUAAUGCCGCCAACCCUGCAGCUUGCCCAACAAACCCUGUGCAAAGUGCGAUGGUCCAACAGACGCACGGCGGAAAACACCUUGUUCACAUCUUGCCCAGACCUACAACUGUACAGCUUGCGAGCACAGCCCAACAGGUGCCCGUGUCUACAGCCAUAUCAAACCAACAGCCACCAACAAUUUCGUUAAAUGGACAGUUGUUCGCACUACAACCCAUGACCCCUGCAGCCGGCGCCUCAAACGCCAUGCCUAUGCAAAUUAUCCAGCCGACUACCAGCGAAGAUCCCAACACAAAUGUAGCCCUCAACACUUUUGGCGCGUUGGCCAAUCUGAGCCAGAACAUAUCUCAUAUUGCUGGACAAAGUUGCCUGCAGUUUACGCUUAAUCCCCCUGCUGCAUCUGCUUUAACCACUAGCAACAUACCUGUGAGCUGUGUUUCAGUGGCUGGUCCCAGUGUGCCACCCGCCACCGCUGAGACGCCAUCCGUUUUGCCCGUUCCUUCUCUCCUGGCAAAGCCUUCAUCUGUGAAACCUAUUGGUGGGACAGCACCCAGCACAAAGCCAAAAAAGGCAGUCAAGAAGGCGGCAGUUAAGAAAGGAGCUUCUGUAAAGAAAGAUUCCACUGCCGCAACUAAAUCAGAUUUGCCGUGCCUAGAAGUUCCGAAAGAGCAAUCCAGCAAUACAAAUCAAAGACCUGUGGAAAGUGCAUCUAUAUUACCAACCUCUCUCGUUCCAGUACAGGAAGAAUCUGAUGCAUCAGCCGGUUGUUCGCAAGCAGUUGUAGAGCGAGACAAAACUCAAGAAGCGAGCACUUCAUCAGCAAGCUUAGAAGCCAAUGUUUUGCUGGAGUCCGUGCAUGAGGAGCCAUUACCCUCAGACGGUUCUAGAGAUCUUGUUACCGAUGAAGUCUCUAUAGCACAUGAUGAGCAGAGACCGCCAACAGUGGCCCCAGAAUGUUUUAAAGCUAAUAUUGGAUCCGGCACUGCUCAUUUCAACCACCAGUCUGUUGAAGAGUCUCUGGUUGUUGUGGUUCCUCAAGAUGAGAUUGGAUUAACCACAGAUGGAAAUUCCGAAACUGCCACGGCUUCCAGAUCUUGCCUCACCGAAGGAGACACUGCAAGUUUGACUGCCACCGACUUAUUGGACGUACAGAUUUUAACUGAAGAUCCAAAUGGGAAAUACCCACCUGGAAAAGCCACCACCAAGGAUCUCGACAGUCAUGGGAUGUCAUACAGAGACAUCAAGUCAAAGGAGUCUGCCUCUUCUGAACCGACCAAGCCAAGCUCCUCAAUUGUCCAAGCUGCCCAAAAUCCGAGCAGUAUCUCUGAGCAAGAAAGUGGCUCAUGUGCCGCCAGUCGUCAGACAGACUCUCCCCUGUCCAAUAGUUCAGUAAGUAGCCGUAAUUUCUCUGUGGCCUCAAUGUUGCCAGACACCAGCAGAGCGGACAUGGCCAGUGGUGUUUCAUUGGUGCCACCAUUAAAUGCGUGUGGGUUUUCCGAGCAGAAUGAUAUUGUUGCAGUGGCUGCAAAAGCUCUGUUCGACCAGGAAAGUCUUUCAAAGGGAAGAUCAAGGACGCAGGCGAACGUUGGAGAUGCUGUUCCCAGGAAUGUAGAAGCAGAAGCAUCACCUACCAACUGUCCAUUGCCGUUAAAGCCACAUUCAGCCAAGGAAAAUAUUUCUCAUGUUCCUCCUACGUCCGCUUCUUUCAAUACUCUGGGUACGAAGGCUCACGCUUGUGCUGAUCGCUUGGUAGACAAAUCUACUUGCCCCUUAGGAGUAAAUCCCACCAGUCUCUCUCUACAGAUUUCGGCGUCUCAGUCCCAGAGUGUGACCAGUUUGAGUAUAAAUAACUUAUUACACCAAGGCGGAAUUACUCACUCCGUUUUGAACUGUGCAAGCAUGUGUCAGACGUCUGAGCACAUACCUCUCCCUAUGUCCACGAAUCCUUCCGUGACCUCCAGCACUUAUGAAAGCCAAACAGAUGUGACAUCUGCCUUAUCUGAAUACACUCACGAGCACCUACAUUCUAUGAACUCCGCUGAUAUGCAGGUGACCCAGGCCGCAGAUUCCCUUCUAAAACAACAAGUGGAAGGAAGGAAAGAGUCCAACAAACGCACCGCUCACGUGGACGGGCUACUAUCCACAGCCAAGAGGCAAAAGCAGUGUCACGCACCAGUCCGGCUUGAAAGGUUGCAGCCUUCGGACAACGUUGCAGAGCAGAAUGACAUUUUAGGCGGUCACGUCUCUUCCGACUCUUCGUCUGUGUCUGGGAGUAUCCAAGGCCACAGGGAAGGAAUUUCCAAUCUGUUCCCCUCAAACAACUUUGUAAAUUCAAAUAUGAGACAGACGGACAUUCGCUGCAGUUCUCAGCCUUCCAUCUCCGAGCACGGUCAGAUGGGAAACCAGCACCUUCAGUCUUUGCAUCAGCAGCAACAGCUUCAUAACAGCAACCCCUAUCUAAAGCCGCCGCAGCAGGCCGGGCACAUGCGUGACCAGCAUCUCAUGUAUCAGCAGCAACAACAGCUGCCGCUAGUUGACAGCUCUCUUCGCGCUCAGUCCCACAACAUUCAGCAGCAAAGAAUGAUGCAGCAAGAGGUUCAAAUGCAAAAGAAGCGCACCAAUGUGCAAGGGUCCCAGGCGGCAAGGUUGUCUCUGCAACAGAAGCACCUUUCUGAGCAAAACCGCCAGAAGAGUGCCCAGCCCCACCGCCAGCAAAUGCAGCAACAGCAGCAGCUUCCUCCUCAUUUUGGGUCUGGCCAGCCAGAAAAGACAUGCGAGAACAAUACACCUUCCCGCGGCCUUCACGGUGCCCACUCGCAAAGCCACGUGAGUCAAGAUAUCCGUCAUCAACAUCAGCAGGAAAUCGGCAGCCGGUCCCAAGGGCCUGUUGUGUCUUCGGAGCACUUGCCGAGCCACAACCAAAUCCAAAGGCUUAUGACCUCCAGGAGUUUAGAGCAGCAGAUGGUUUCCCAGGCCAGCAUUGUUCCUCGGCCGGCGAACAUGACUUGUGCGCCACACAGGCAGGAGAGAAACAGAGUUUCCAGUUACUCCGCAGAGGCACUUAUAGGUAAGAGUACUUCCAACUCCGAGCAGAGGCUGGGCGUGUCCAUCCAGACUUCAAGGGUGUCUGAGCAACUGGAAAUGAGAAAGUAUUUGGACAUUUCUAGGAAUAAAGUGAUACCAGCUCAUAACAUUCAGGGGCGCAUGUCUGUAGAACAUGUAGUCAAUAUGGACCCACAGAGGCUCCCGGACUGCCAAACCUUUAAGUUAGGUGGCUUGAAUCAGCAGCAGCCAUCUAACUUUGACAUCCAGACGUCGAGAAACAACGAUGGGGGUGCUACAUCCAGCAUGAGGGGGUUGCAGUCCCAAAGCUACAGGAUUAGCCAGAAUCCGAACUCUGCCAUGGAUCGGCAGAAGCACCUGCAAUACCAGGUGGCGCAGGAAGUGCCCCUGGCAAAUACGCUUCCGAUUCGAGAUGAGAAUUCAUGCCACCAGAGCUUUAUGCAGAGCUUAUUUGCCCCACAUAUCGGAGAGCAGGCAAAUCAGAGGUCCAUAUCUGGUCACCAGAGGCCACAGUUUAAUUCUUCCUCCAGCCUGGAGUUUAGCUGCCCGCCAGCGCGCGAUACCCUGCACCUCCGGCGAGAGAACGAAGGACAGAACAGGGAAAGCUGCGACUUGGUCAUGGGACAAGUGACAUCAAGGAAUAAUUCUUUAAAUAUUCCCUUCUCCAGCUCUUCCUCUGCAGACAUCCAGGGACGGAACACCAGCCCUCACAGUUCCAUGCAGAAGUCCAAUUCUGUGCGGCCAGCUGAUGGUCAAGGUGCAAAGAACCAACUGAACAUACAAGUCUCCAUUAACAUGCAUGGCGUGGUCCAUCCGCCUCUUCCUCAUCAGUCUGUUCCCCAUGUAAAUAUUGAUCAGCGUCAAACCAUGAGGCAUGCCAAUCCCCCGGUAGCCCAGCGCUCACGGCAUCCUUUGCAGGAGGAUCCUGAUUCCAAAGCCCGCCAGCCGGAAAGGAACAGAUCUGGGAACCAAAGACAUGGCAAUAUGUUUGACUCUGCUUUGCCUCACCUUCCUCUAGCUGGUCCUAGUAGCAUGAUACUUGGCCGCCAGCAGCCAGGUGCUGAGAAAAGGGCCGGUCUUGUUCGCUUCAUGCCGGACAGCCCUCAAGUGGCCACUGACAAUACAGCCCCUGACCAGCACACGCUGGCCCAGAAUUUUGGCUUUCCGUUCAUACCCGAGGGUCCGAUGAACCCACCCAUUAAUGCGAACGCAUCUUUCAUUCCCCCAGUCACACAGACGCCUGCCACACGGACAGCCGCACUUAUCCCUGUAGAUCCACAGAACACAUUGCCCUCUUUUUACCCACCGUACUCACCAGCUCACCCGAGUCUGUCCAACGAUCUCGCCAUACCCUAUUUUCCCAACCAGAUCUUCCCUAACCCCAGCACAGAAAAGCCCAACAGCUCCGGACUGAACAACAGGUUUGGCUCCAUACUGUCUCCGCCACGGCCUGUAGGCUUUUCCCAAACCACCUUCCCUCUUCUCCCUGAAAUGCCUCCAAUGCACAUGGCUAACCCCUCUCACCUCUCAAACUUCAACUUAACGUCCCUCUUUCCGGAGAUUGCCACGGCUCUCCCCGCCGAUGGCUCAGCCAUGUCACCCCUCCUCUCCAUAUCUCACUCAGCAGCUUCAGACUCUUCUAAGACGUCAAAUCGUCCGGCACACAACAUAAGCCAUAUAUUGGGGCAUGACUCCAGUUCGGCAGUGUAACGUUGCCCCUGGGUGACUUUCUGUGGAAUGUAGCCCCGUCACUUAUGUAAUACUGUACAUAUAAUGUAUAUUUCCUGAAGGUUUUUUUAAAGUUGGAGAUUUGAAAAUUCUAUAAUAAUUACCUUUUAUAAUGGACAUGUUUAUGAAAACACUAGAUGACGUUGCCCGGUCUCACCAGGGUAGACCUUCAAUAUUUACAGUGUCCAUUUCCUUCAUCCCAUCUUAACUUAUAUGCUUAGUUCAUUUUAUGCCUGGGGUACAGGAGCAUGGUAGUGUCAAGAUUAAAUAAAUGUAAGAUAUUUUUUUAAUGAAUGAAUUGAAGGUGGGUUAUAAGACACAUAUGUAAACUUUUUUUUUUUUUUUUUUUUCUGCUUAAGGGUCUCUUUAAACCACAUUGGUGGUUCUACCUCCAGGUGCUAGAAGUGGUAUGUUUCAUUAGAUCUACAGGAAACUCCUAGACAGUCAGUAGGUCGACAUGUCAUUGGUUGAAACUUUUGUUGGUGUCAUUUUCUGUGUUUAACCACGUGACCCCAAUUAGUGUACUGCCUUUGCUUGCCACUCUUUGUGCAAGGUGCCUCGCUCAGCUGCACGCUGCACAGGUUACUAUUCCCAAUCGUAGGCCACGUUGAUGGUAAAGGUUGAAAAACAAAACAAAAACUUGAUGACUAUGUGUCAACCUUUUGAACCUGUCGACCUUAAGCAGUGUCUACCUUUUACAUGUUAACCUUUUAGUACCUGCUGACUAUCGGUUAAGUGUGGACCUAUCAACCGGAUGCCGCUAGGAUCACCAGGGUGCUGGAUGAGCUCACUCUAGAGCAGGCCACAUAGAACUGUCCAUGCAAGAAGCAGUCCUCCGUCAAGUCAAUCCUUGCCACCUUCAAUAACCAUCAAGUCCGUUCCCUGGGACCUGAUGGUCAUUGAAGGGACUGUAGACUCUUGAACUCGAAAGGGUGCUUUGAUAUGAGUGGUAUGCGGGUUAUGAACACAUACUCCCCCCGAACACAACUGGUGAACACUGUGGCCUGGAGGAUGUUCCUGUGGAGGGCCUUCACUCCCUGCCUGGUGUAACUGGGCGGGUUGAGGUUCUGCAACAUCAUUGGAACCCCCACUUGAAGAGAAGCUUGUGGGCUGGAAGGCCAGGAGAGUUGAGGGUGUUGAGUAACCCUUUCAUCCUUUCUCUAUCGUCCUAGUGGAUGCUGGGGUUCCUGAAAGGACCAUGGGGAAUAGCGGCUCCGCACGAGACAGGGCACAAAAAGUAAAGCUUU